AGCUGAGCGCCAGACGGUCACACUGACAAUAACACAAUUCAAUUUCACGUGUCGCUCUGUGAUUUGAUUUUAUGUUGAAAAAAGUUGAGUGAAAUAUAAUAAAAAUGGCAUUUGAAGUGCCGCCAUGGGACAAGGGAGCUGAAGUGAUCAAAUUCAAGCCAAUUCAUGUAGUGAGCACUGGAGCUGCUGCCACAAAGAAAGCCAAAAAGCUGAAGAAGAAAAAACCAAAGGCGAAGAACCACGCCGACCAUGAAAAUUCCACAAAAGCAACUGCAACGGGCUACAGAUUGGGCAGGGGACCGCUAGCACCGCCACCGGAGUCAUCGGACGACGAGGCGGAUGAUGGAAUGCGUGCCAUGCACAAGAUUAGAAGCGGUCGCAUUGAAAAACCGCGCCCAAUCCUUCAAGUGGCCAAAGAUAACAAAAAGAAGCAACUGAAAUUGAAGCCCGAAAUGAUCGAAGCUGCAGUCGAGGCCAUGGAAACCUCCGCCUCCUCCUUGGGUGAAAGCGCGCCUGUCGGGCUGGCAAACAAAUUGCAAUCCGAGUUGCUUGGCGGACGUUUUCGCUAUAUUAACGAGCAGCUCUACACAAUGAACAGCCAGAAGGCUGAGAAGCUUUUCAACAAGGACGCCGAAGCCUUUGAAGCUUAUCAUGCAGGAUAUCGCCAGCAGGUGGACAAAUGGCCUGCAAAUCCGUUGGCGCGCAUCAUCAAGACCAUCAAGAGAUUGUCCAAGACACUGAUCAUUGGGGACUUUGGCUGCGGUGAGGGUAAGCUGGCACAAUCGGUGCCCAACAAGGUCUACUCCAUGGAUUUGGUCUCCACUCGCGCGGACAUCGUUGCCUGCAACAUAACGAAUACUCCGCUGCAAGAUCAAUCUCUGGACGUGGCUGUCUACUGCUUGUCACUAAUGGGUACCAACCUCAAUGAUUAUCUGCUCGAGGCGAAUCGAGUGCUGAAGCUGCAUGGCAAUGUUUACAUAGCUGAGAUUCAAUCCCGUUUCGAUGAUGUGCGCGAAUUCGUGCGGUUUAUGGGAAGCUGUGGAUUCGACCUGGUCAAAAAAGAUGUUGCUGUAAAUUAUUUCUACUUCUUUCAAUUUCGCAAAAUGCGCCAUGUGGACAAACAGGUGAAGCUGAAGCCCUUCUCUCUAAAGCCCUGCCUUUAUCGUAAACGAUAA